CCCGCGUUUACAAUGUUUUAAUGUUCCUCUCUCUAUUCCGAAGCCCCCCUUUGUCCUGCUUUUUAAUGUCUCUCCUUACCGCGAUCCUGCUGCUUCAAGUGCUGCGGCUGCUAUUGCUGCUGCAUGACGCACGCACGAUGAGGUUGUACAGCUUCACUUUCAAAUGGCCCCAGUCUCCCCAUCCGGUGUUCCUGUAUUGCUACCCAGCACCCGACACAGCGUUCCUGACGUCGUGUGUCCAACACUGACAGCUUGGCCGAGAACCGUUAGCCGCUGUUCGUCGUCAUGGUGGAUUGACUUGAUCAUGAAAUGUGAGUUCCUAACUGAGUGCCUACCUCUUGAUGAGAGCUGGCCGGGCGGGUGAUUGCAGGGCUCCAGAUCGGUCAAGUCUCCUCAUUAUGAGUGAGCUCACUUUAACAGUGACUCUGUACGUUUUACCCCAAACAGCAAAAGAACGUCGUCUUUUCGGGCUGCCACUUCCGAUCCUCAUAUUACUCGCACUCAGACACCGCAAUCUUUCAGAAAUUGUGCGACUCAACAUUUUCAUCUAUCUAACCAUCACCUAUCACCGUCCAAGGCCAAUCUGCCCUCAUCUGCGGCUCUUCCCAUUGGGUUCGACUUGCCCCUGCCAAUCCGCACUCUCGUCAAUACCAUCGACUGCAGCCGCCGAUCCUGCCACACCACCCUCGGGCUCUUUUAUCACCGCCAUUGGGCUGCCAUGCACCUCCAACACCCUCUUGACCCUCGUGCCCUCCAAGCUUCAGAGCAGCACUUCCGCCCGUGGUCUCGGUCAUGGCAGAUCACCUUCCCGCCGCCCGGUGCUCCUGUCAAUCUGGCUGCUCAGAGAGCGACACGACAGCAGGUGGCAAGUGUCACCUCCGGGCUCUAGCGCACUGUUGAACUUAAACCGCUCCUUGGCCAAGGCCCGUGGUCCCGCCUUUGAAGUAAUUCGUAUGAUGUUGCAGUGGCACAGCUCUCGAAUGAGAACAUGUGGUAAUAUGGCACCGUUUUUGGGAAUCUCGUCGGCUGUCUCGGUUGUCGCUUUACUUAGGCCCCAUACUCCGUACACAGCCCAUCCAUCUAAGCGAUGGAUUGUCACUUGUGUCCUUUUACCCGCGCUUAUUUGUCGCGCGUCUGGAAAAUAAUGCUAAACCCUGUCAUUGCGAACCGCCUACCUAGGUAACUCAUGC